AUGGAAAGAUCCGAGAAAGCUGAUUCUGCAGAUGGCAAAGUGUUUCCAAAGAUGGUUGUGGGUCUUGCAACUGGUCAAGUUGGUCCAAGCCUUCGAUCAAGGUCCAAUGAAUUCACUCAGGCUGAGACUCAAGGGUCAAAGAAAGUCACUCCGAUUACUGAAAGAGGUUGUGCAGUCACUUGCAAUUUUUCUCCCAAAGAUCUUCAAGUUCUUUGCGAAUUGCGAGUUGAUUUCAAGAAUUUAGCAAAAAAUGGGUUGGAUCUUCUUCCUGCAGUCAAGUUUCAAGGUUGGGAAGGAUACUUCAAUAGGCUCACAGGACCCAUCUACUACAAGUUGGUAAAAGAAUUCUGGAAACAUGCUGAGUGUGACGAUCUUCAAGUUGUUUCCUAUGUGCUGGGCAAGAAGAUCAUUAUUACUGAAAGAUCAAUUGCUCUGCUUCUGGGUCCAGACACUAUCAGGGGUUACAGAUUUCAGGCCCAUGAUUCCAAGUUGAAGAAAGUGAAAGACACAAUCAAUUCGGAGCUGUAUGCAAAUUGGCAAUCUGGGAAAUCCGACUACAAGACCAGAGAGCUUCAUCCUGAUUUAAGGAUCUGGCACAAGAUCAUUCUGAAUUGCUUCAAUCCCAGACCCACUGGAAGCUCUCCUGACUACAUCAACUUCAAUCAGAAGGUGAUGCUUUACUUCAUCAAGACCGGGCAAAAGAUAUGUCUUCCUUACUUCUUAUUCACUUAUCUGAAAGAUUGCAUAAGGAGAUCAAGAACAAUUGUUGCUGCGACCAAGAACACAAUCAAAUACAUUCCUUUUGGAAGGCUGUUAUCUGACAUCUUUGUUGAGAGCAAUUUGGUCAGGGAUUUGAUCAAUGCUGGAUGCACCGAAGACCUUUCCACUCUGGCUGGAGAAGCCUUCACCUCUACAUCUCUAAAGAGGAUGUGCCUAAUUGAAAAGAAAAUUGAGGCUGAAUCUGUCAUCACUCCAGAAGAGGUUAAGGGAAGAAGAAUUCCUCUCAAUGAUUAUCCCCUCUGGUCUAAGGCUGAUGAUCCAGAGGCUAUCCUAUACUACAUUGAGGAUCUGAGGAGUCUUGGAUUUGAGAUUGAUGUCGAUGAGUUCUUCAGAGCUCUUCCAGAAGCUCCUGAUUAUGAAUCUCCUAAGAAGUAUAAGACAAAGAGGAAGAAAGAGGAUACUACUACGGCUGCAAAGGAUGACUCUGAGGAUGGUGAUGAUGACGAGCAACCACCUCAGAAGAAGAAGAAGAAGAAGGUCAGAAUUGCUACAAGGGUUAUCCAGCAGGAAACUACUCAAGCACCAAGAACUACCAGAGUCACAAGAUCUUCUGUCAGGAACUCAAAUGAACCUCUUUGGCAACGCAUCCAAACUCCUCAACCCUCUGAACCUACUUCCACCAUUCUACUUCCAUAUCCCUCACAAGCCUCUGAACCUCAACAAGCCUCUGCCUCUGAACAACAAGCCUCUAAACAACAAGCUCCUGAACAACAAGAUUCUGAACCACAACCCUCUGACCAUUCUGAAAAGGAAACUCCAUCUCCCACUCCAUCCAUACCUUUUGUCACCAAUACUGCUGACUCCUCCCCAUCCAACAACUCUGAAUCACAGCAAAAAUUCUUCCAAGCGGCUAGUGAUAGGAUCUCAGAGCUUCUUGAGAAUAUCCUAAGUGCUCCAAGUCCAAACCGGUAUCCUGGACCAAGACCAGAACCUCUUGUUCCUGCACCUCUGGAUGUGGUCCCUCUGAACUUGGCCUUUCCUCCUCCAAAGGAAAGAAAAUUUUCUAAGGUGUCCCUCUCCAACUACUCAUCUGUCAACUCUGAAGACUUUGAGUUUCCAAACACUGAAGCUGGCACCUCUAACCCAACUCCAGACCCAAAGACCUCUAAUCUCAUGGCUCUGGAAGUUGCCUCUCCUCAAGCUACCUCUGAAGCUACGAGCUGCAAUUAUCCUCCUCCACCUGAAGCCAACCUUCCUAUCAUUCCCUAA